AUGGACGCCUCCUCCCUCCGCAUCUCCAAGUUCGAUGGAACUAACUUCCACGCCUGGAAGUUCAAGAUGCAGAUGGUGCUGGAGGAACGGGACCUAUGGGAGGUCGUCAGCGGUGAGAUCAAGGCGGAACAGUGCGAGACUCAGUUGGACCAAGCGACGUACAAGAGGAAGUCAAGAAAGGCGAUGGCAGUGAUCUGUCUAGCCAUGGAAGAUUCCCAGCUACCGUUGGUCCGGUCGGCAAGUGGUGCAUGCGACGCAUGGUCAAGGUUGGAAGACCACUUCGAGAAGAAGAGUCUUGCCAACAAGCUGUUCUUGCGCCGUCGCUUCUUCACGACAAUGAUGGAAGAAGGCGACGAUGUGCUCGAACACAUCAACAAGCUCAAGACGCUGGCGGAACAGCUAGAAGCGGUGGGGGCUCCAGUCUGCGAGGACGAUCUGGUGAUCACACUCCUCGGCAGCCUGAGUGACUCGUAUCAAUUCUUGAUCACAGCUUUGGAGUCGCGCUCAGACACUCUUAGCUGGGAGCUCGUGACGUCUCGACUGCUUCAUGAAGAAAUGAAGCGGAAGGAGCAAGGGAAGUAA